GUGGGCUGAAAGGUGACAAAUAUGUAAACCAGAACCCACCAUCAUCCUACUUAUAUGAAAAGUUUACAGGUUCUUGUCUACAUUUAUACACUACUGAGCAUAUUUUGGGGACAAAGAAGCACUGUGAACAAAAACCAUCUUGUCAAACCUCAUACUUAAAAGCCACCCAAAAGGAAAACAAUUCAAGUUAAAGUUUUGUUGAUUAAAUUGGAAAGUAUGGAGAAGGGUAUUGUUUGUGUAACUGGUGGAACAGGAUAUGUAGCUUCUUGGCUGAUCAUGAGGCUUCUUCAACAUGGAUAUGCUGUCAACACUACUGUUAGAUCUCACCCUGACCAAAAGAAGGAUGUGAGUUACCUCACAAAUUUACCAGGAGCAUCAGAGAGGCUUCGAAUAUUCAAUGCAGAUCUUGACAGACCAGAAAGUUUUAAUGAUUCUAUCCAAGGAUGUGUCGGGGUAUUUCAUGUUGCUCACACAAUAGAUUUUGAGGGGAAAGAAGACGAAGAAACAAACACAAAAAGAUCAAUCAAUGCAACAAUAAGCAUUUUACAGGCAUGCGUUGAUUCAAAAACAGUGAAGAGAGUUGUGUACACUUCAAGUGGAUCUACUGUCAUGUUUAGUGGAAAAGAUUUAAGUGUACUGGAUGAGAAAACAUGGACCGAUAUAGAUUUUCUUAGAUCCCUAAAGACCUUAGGAGAAUCGUACUACAUUUCUAAGACUUUAACUGAAAGGGCAGCGUUGGAUUUUGCAGACGCGCAUGGACUGGAGCUUGUCACUGUAAUUCCAACUUUUAUUCAUGGUCCUUUCAUUACUCCUCAUUGUCCUGGAUCAGUGCGCACUUCAAUGUCGAUGAUAUUUGGUGAUGAGAAAAUGUUUGCAUUUUCUGCUUCUACCCCUUUCGUACACAUUGAUGAUAUCGCUACAGCACAUAUAUAUCUGUUUGAAUACCCGAAUGCCAGAGGAAGGUACAUUUGUUCAGCGGCUGACAUAACACUUGAUGAGUUCCCAAAAUUUCUUUCACAAAGAUAUCCAGAAUAUAAUGUAUCAUCAACUAGUUUCCUAAAAAAUGUCAAAGAUUCUAAAAUUUUCCGACUCUCAUCAAAGAAGCUCUUAGACACCGGAUUCAAAUAUAAAUAUGGACUCGAGGAAAUGUAUGAUGAUGCAAUCGAAUGCUGCAAACAGAAGGGUCUUCUAUGAUACAUAUCUGGCAAGAGUUCCUACAUUCUGUACCUUCAUAAGUUAAACAAAGUGUUUAUUUCUCUGUUCCUUUCUUUUUGUUUGAAAAUUAAAUUUUUACAGUGUUCUUAACAUUCAGUUUCAAAUUGUCAUACUGUUUCAAUGUUUUUGGAUAUCCAUACUUGCACUACUGGAA